AUGGCCAAGUUGGCGGCAUCUCAGGUGGCGCCGGAUGGCUCCAAGAUCUGUGAAUUGCUAAUGCGCUUCAAUCCCAAGCAGUUGCGGCAGGAGUUUAAGCAGCUAUACCUGGAUCGCUUACAUCAUGGCAAGUGGACUGAAGGUCCUGAGGCCGAACCCAGCACAUCCUCGGUGUCCUUGAGUAGCAAGAGCCGACGUUUGGCGGAACGAGCGCAUCUGCGGAUUCAGGAGGAGUCUGGAAGCCGUCGUCAUGUGGACAUGUUACUCUGGCGUCAAGAGCAGGUGGAAGCCCAUCGGCAACGUUUGCGAGAGGAACGCGACGCUCAGCAGGUCGAGCAAUGCACCUUUCGUCCCUGCCUGGUGUCGCGGCACAACCGCUCCAUGAACGGUGGCUUGAGACUCUACACGCAGGCUACGGCCCGGCAAGCGUGUCGUGAGGAGAACGCCGCGGUGCAAGAACAGCAUCGCCUUGACAAGGAGAUGUCGGGCUGCACCUUUCGUCCCAACUUGCGGAAAAGCGACAAAAGUUUCCAUGCCACCUCCAAGACAUUUCGACCCUCACCACGUGGGGCUGAUGCCUGCGCCCAGCGGAUGCGCAAAGCCUUUGCGGAGAAGGAUUCCAGGCGCCGCUUCUUGGAGGAACGGGCGCCAAGCGACCGGCCGAGUCAGAUCUCGGCAGGAUGCUUGACAGGCACAUACUGCGAGGAGCCUCGGGCCCUUGCGUCACCGGGUCGCGCCAAGGGAGGCUCCAUGGGCGAUCUGGAACUGCGUGCUCGUUCCACUUGGGUGACUGCUACGCCUACGCCUAGCCAGGCUGGUCCUUCUCCGGAAGGCGAAGGUGGCGUGAAAGCAGAGGAGGACACUGCAGCUUCAGGGGCCAAUGGCGCCAGCAAAGAUCUGGCCAGCCCCGCAGUGCGACAACGCAGGGUGCAGCCGAAGCAGCGGCCGACGCAGCGGCCGCAGGCCGUACCUCGGUGCGGCACCUCGCCGAAGGAAACCGCUCGACGUCCACAAAUCAUCUCCACUCCACCAAGCGCCCGUGCUGGUCCGCGACUGCCGCUGCCAACGCAUCCAAGAACCGACACCAUGGAGGCUGUGACCUCGCCAAGGCCCUUGCUGAUCGCAGAGGUGAACAUCUCACAGGAGUUGCCGCCACAGAAGAUCUUCCUCUAUGCCUCCGACGAUGUGUCCCAGGUUGCCAGGCGCUUUGCUGAGCGGCACCACUUGGCUCCUCAUUUGGCCGAGCGUUUGAAGAAGUAUUUGACUGCCCUGUCGCAGCAAAAUGAGAGAGCCAGCUGA